AUGAAGGUCUUUCCGGCCUCUGUGGCGGCUCUGCUUGUCUGCACCGCCAAAGCGGCGUAUGCCCAUUCCACUCCACUCUACAAAGAUCCAAAUGCAAGUGUGGAUGAUAGAGUUGUAGAUUUACUGUCUCGAAUGACGAUCCAAGAUAAAACCUCUCAAUUGAUUCAGGGCGACAUUUCGAAUUGGCGUAACAUGACUGAUGGCAGGUUUAACGCAAGCGGCUUAGCAUGGAAUAUGGCCACUCGGGCUGGUCAAUUCUACGUCGGUUAUCCAGUAGCACAACAGCUAAUUGCAGAUGGAGUCAAGCAAGCACAGGAUUAUCUUCUACAUAACACUACAUUGGGCAUACCAGCUUUGGUUCAGAGUGAAGGUAUUCACGGUUUCUUGAUCGGAAAUGCAACAAUCUUCAAUUCGCCAAUUGGACAAGCUUGCUCUUGGAACCCGGCUUUAGUUCGAAAUAUGGGAGCGGCUAUUGCACAAGAGUCGCUUGCUCUUGGUGUUAAUCAAAUAUUUGGACCGUUAGGAGACUUAGCCCGUGAGUUGAGAUAUGGUAGAGUUGAAGAAUCAUUUGGUGAGGAUGGAUAUUUGGCAGGUGAGAUGGGAUAUGCUUAUGUGAAAGGACUGCAAGCUGGAAAUGUCAGCUCGACAGUCAAACAUUUCGCAGCCUUUGGAACUCCGGAACAAGGGUUGAACACGGGUCCACAACAUGGCGGGGAGAGAGAGCUUCGAACUACCUAUCUGCCACCAUACAAGCGCAUGAUCAUUGACGCAGAUGCAUGGUCCAUUAUGUCGGCCUACCAUUCAUAUGAUGGCGUUGCACUCAUAGCUAGUUAUCAUAUUCUCACAGAAAUUCUGAGAGAUGAUUGGGGCUACAAAUACUGGGUUACUAGUGAUGCCGGUGGUACAGAUCGUCUCUGCGACGCUUUCAAGAUGUGUCGGUCAAAAGGAAAUGGGCUACCCAUCGAUUCAGAAGCGGUAACCAUGUUUGCACUUCCUGCAGGGAAUGACGUUGAGAUGGGUGGUGGCUCCUAUAAUUUCCAGAAAAUCCCACAACUUGUGGAGUCGGGAACCCUGGAUAUUGACAUUGUCGACACGGCCGUAUCGCGUCUUCUUCGUGCUAAGUUCGCUCAGGGUCUCUUUGAGAACCCUUAUCUUGCGGCGCCAGCCAGUGAGACUGCUUCUUUGAUUCAUACUCCAGAACAUAUUGCUCUAGCUCGGGAGCUUGAUGCCGAAUCCAUUGUUUUAUUAGAAAAUGGGAAGGGCGUUCUCCCCCUUGCAAAAACGGCAAAUGUGGCUGUUAUUGGCCCUAUGGCACACGGCUUUAUGAACUAUGGAGAUUAUGUCGUCAAUGGAAGUAUGUACCGUGGAGUAACCCCACUAGAUGGAAUACAAGCUGCUAGCUCGGGAUAUAUAACUUAUGCUCAAGGUUGUGAGCGCUGGUCAAAUGAUCAAUCCGGGUUUGACGAAGCUGUUUCUAUUGCUCAAGCUGCGGAUGUAGCUGUCGUCGUCGUCGGAACAUGGUCAAGAGACCAGAACCAGCUUUGGCAAGGACUCAAUGCCACAACUGGAGAGCAUGUUGAUGUAUCUUCCUUGAAUCUCGUCGGUGCCAUGCCCCAUUUAGUCAAAGCCAUUAUCGAUACUGGAAAACCUACCGUGGUAAUCUUCUCCUCAGGUAAACCUAUCACUGAAGCCUGGAUCUCGGCAAACGCUUCUGCAUUAGUCCAACAGUUCUACCCAUCCGAACAAGGAGGAAACGCACUUGCCGAUGUCCUCUUCGGUGAUGUCAACCCCAGCGGUAAACUCUCCGUCGGAUUCCCUUACGACGUAGGCACCACCCCAAUUUACUACGACUACCUAAACUCUGGACGACCGGAAGACACAGGUGAAGCUUUCCCCAACGGAACCCUCUCCUUCGGCCACCAAUACGUUCUCAAUUCCCCCAAACCCCUAUACGAAUUCGGCUACGGAAAAUCCUACUCAACAUUUGAAUACUCAGCCAUCACCCUCUCAUCCACCCACGUCAGCGCCAACGAUACCAUCACAGCCAGCAUAUCCAUAACCAACAACUCCACCCGCGACGGCACCGAGGUCGUGCAACUCUACAUCCAAGAUGUGAUUGCCAGCGUCGUGGUCCCCAAUAUCCAACUCAAGGGUUUCGAAAAGGUGGCGAUUAAGGCGGGAGAAACGAAAUCGGUCAACAUUGAGCUGAAGGUCGAGGAUGUCGGGUUGUGGAAUAUUAAAAUGCAGUAUGUGGUGGAGCCGGGAGAUUUCCGGGUGCAGAUUGGUAGUUCGAGUGCGGAUUUGAGGGCUAAUGCUUUGUUUACGGUGGGUUAG